AUGACGCAUGCGAUCUGUAACCCAGUCAUUUGCUUGACAAUCAAUGUAUCAAAGCCUCAUCCACAGGAUCUAUGCCUUGAGCUAUUGGAACCUUUGAUGAAAGACAAAUACUCUACAAUUCGAGAUACAUACUUGAAGCCAAAAUACCCCAUAGUGCUUGCCCAUGGGCUGUUAGGAUUUGAUGAGUUGAGACUGGGGGGGAAGUAUCUUCCAGGAAUCCAAUACUGGCGCGGAAUCAAGGAGGCGUUUACCCUUCAGGGGAUCGAUGUUAUUACGGUUCCUGUCCUGCCGUCAGGGUCCGUUGAGCAACGAGCCGAAGCGCUUAUGAGAGGGAUCGAGGCUUGGAUUCAGGUCGACGAAGUCAAUAUUAUUGCGGGUCUGGACUCCCGUUAUAUGAUUAGUAGACUUCGCCCUACGAGCUUCCGCGUUUUGUCCCUGACUACGAUCUCCACCCCUCAUCGAGUAGGUUCUUCAUUUGCCGAUUAUGUGUUUGGGCAGAUUGGAGAGAAACGAGUAUGCAACGCUCUCGCGCGGCUGAAAAUCGAAUCAGGGGCAUUCAAUCAACUCACUCGCAAGUACAUGCAGGAGGAGUUCAAUCCGAACACUCCAGACGUUCACGAUGUCAGGUACUUUUCGUACGGGGCCUCGCUAACCCCAAGUUUGUGGUCUGUGUUUGGCCAGUCCCACCGGAUAAUCGAGCAGGAGGAAGGCCCGAAUGACGGACUGGUCAGCGUCCAAAGUAGCAAGUGGGGAGGUCAAGAGGGCUAUAAAGGCACCCUUGUUGGUGUUAGCCAUCUUGACUUAAUCAACUGGACCAACCGUCUGAAGUGGCUUGUCUCUGAAUUAACAGGGAACAUGUGAUGUUUCAUGCUAAGCAUGAUCACCCCGCAGGCAAAUACUGAUGUGUGUUUCUGGGGGAGCCACAGGUUCAAUGCACUUGCCCUAUAUCUGGAUAUUGCUGGUAAGAGAGCCACAUAUCUGCAAACAGCUUUUGGAUCUAGCUGAUUCCGUUUGGAUCCGGUGAAUGUAGAUAUGCUUGCAAAAGAAGGCCUAUAAGUCCUCCGGUUGAGUUUACUGAUGCUUGAGUUUUACCCUGCUUCCAGAAUCGCCUCGCCUGCCCCUACCCCUGGUACAUGUAUGUGCCUGUAUUCCCAUGCUAUUGCAGUGUAUUGAUAGAUAUAGAUAAAGGCGUAUCAUAAGUUUGUGUUAAUGAACGAUAGAUAGCAGCAUUUCCC